GAACAGGAUCACACUGCAGACGGGCUUAAGAGUGGCUGCGAGAAUGAAAUCUUUUCUUGCUUCUCUGUGCCUGCUGGGAAUUUUUUUCCAUCCACAGACUCAGUGCAAGUCAGAGUUUAAUCUGAAGGGGGAUUUUACAAUUGGUGGACUUUUUGAUAUUCAUGAUGUCAGUGAAGAAGUUCAUCAUGAGAGACCCGAAGCCAUUAACUGCUCCAGCCAUCGGUUUAUUCCCUCAAACUAUCAGCGUUUUCAGUUGAUGAGAUUCUCUGUGGAGGAAAUCAACAACUCCAGCAGCCUUCUUCCAAAUCUGUCCCUUGGUUACGAAGUGUUUGACCACUGCUCAGACACACUCAGUUUUCCUGGAGUUCUAAGGCUCAUGUCAGUCAAUGGUUUUAUCCAGCCGUGGGCAGAACCAAACAACAAAGUUUCCAGGGUGUUAGCAGUGAUCGGUCCUUUCACAAGCACCCAGGCAAUGACUGUAGCCCCGUUCUUCAUGCCGGAUCUCAUUCCUAUGGUCAGUUAUGGUUCCUCAAGUUCUGUUUUUUCAAGUAAAGUGAAGUAUCCAUCUUUCUUAAGAACAGGGAAUCCUAAUAGAGAUGUCAUAGAUGUGAUUGUGACCAUGCUGCAACGCUUCAACUGGAGCUGGGUUGCUUUCUUAUAUAGUGAUAAUGAUUAUGCCAAUGACGGCCUGGAGCUGUUCAUUAGGAAGAUAAAGACGACAGAGAUAUGCCUGGCCUACACCAAAAUUGUCAACCAGAACACGGAUUAUUCUCUGAUCUUUAAAAGCAUAGAAGACCAAAUGAUUAAUGUCAUUAUUGUAUUUACUUCAGAACUGACUGCCGAAGUUCUCAUUGAAUCUGCUGUUCAGCUAAAUGUCACCAAUAAGGUUUGGAUAGCAACUGACACAUGGUCUUCAAACAAAAAGCUCCUCAAGAUGAAAGGAAUCCGAAAAAUUGGGACUGUUCUUGGGUUGCCUCAGCCUGCUCUAACAAUAGCUGGUUUCAGUGAGUUCAUCACUUCUUUUGAAAGCCAGAGCCAGUAUAAAGAAGACAAGCCACCGAAGUUUUGCAAUCAGGUUAGCAACUGGGGCACCUGGAGGGCCAAAGACAUCCUUGAUGCCGAUCCAUCCUUCUCUUACCCCGUUUAUUCUGCUGUAUAUGCCAUUGCUCACGCCUUACACAAGGUCUUACAAUGCGAUACAGCUGGAUGUAACAACAUCCCUGUGUACCCAAACAUGAUAUUAGCAGAGAUCCAGAAGUCUAAUUUCACCCUGUUAAACCGGACAGUUCUCUUCGAUGAGACAGGUGUCCUCAGAUCUGGACUGUUCUCUAUAGUUGUCUGGAACAGCAGUGGUGAUGAAGAGGAUAUUGGAUUUUACAGUUUUUACCCAAAGGUCACUUUCUUCAUCAACAUCUCCAAAAUUAUUUGGCAUACAGAUGGGGAAGUGCCCACAUCUGUAUGUUCACCAGAAUGCCCUACAGGAUAUGUGAGAAACCCAAACAAAAUCCAAAAAUGCUGCUUCACCUGUGAAAUUUGUCCUGCUGCAACGUAUGUCAAUGUUGAAGAAGAUCCCUACAAGUGCAUCCACUGCAAGAACACAGAGUGGUCUGAGGAAGGAAGCACAUCAUGCAAUCUGCGUCAACUGGAGUACAUUCCAUUUACAGACACUGGUGCUAUAGCAAUUAUGGUCAGCACUUGGGUUAUAGUGGGCCUCACACUGAGUGUCUCUGUUCUCUUUGCCAUCAACUAUAACACUCCUGUGGUUAGAUCUGCUGGAGGACCAAUGUGCUUCCUGAUUCUAGGCUGCCUCAGUUUGUGCAGCAUCAGUGUUUUCUUUUACUUUGGUGUGCCCACACCUGCUUCUUGCAUUUUGAGGUAUUUCCCAUUUAUUUGGUUCUACACUGUCUGUUUGGCAUGUUUUGUAGUUCGUUCUUUUCAGAUUGUCUGCAUCUUCAGAAUUUCGGCAAAAUUCCCCAGUCUCCUCAUUUGGUGGAAAAAAUAUCAUGGGCAGUGGCUGCUCAUCAGCACAUCAUUUGUUGUUCAGGCACUCUUGCUUUUCAGCUUCUAUCAUGACCCUCCACAACCUUACAAUGAAACGUCCUGGCACCCAAAGCAAAUUGUGCUUUUCUGCUAUUUGAAUCUUAAAGCAACUUCUUGUUCUCUUUUUUUGCCAAUAUCAUUUGCAUGCCUUUGCUUUGUUUUCUCUUACAUGGCAAAAGAUCUCCCAAAAAAUUACAAUGAGGCCAAAGCGAUUACUUUCUGUCUCCUCCUGCUGAUCUUCACCUGGACCCUCUUUAUAACUGUGUACAUGCUUUACCAUGGAAAGUACAUCCAGACUCUGAAUGCUGUCACUGUUCUUCUGAGUCUGUACUAUUUCCUGGUUGGGUAUUUCCUCCCAAAAUGUUAUAUCAUCCUUUUUCAACCCAAUAAAAACACACAGCAAUAUUUCCAAAGUCUGAUCCAGAAUUACACUAAAACAAUCAGUCAGUAG